CAGCACCUGUUUGAAAACAUUGAAUUGUAAUAUACUAGGAAUCACGACAACGCGAAUACCCACAAUGGCACCAGGAGCGAUUAUCUCCCAGCAGGAUGUUGACCAUCUGCCCCUUCAACUGGAUGGAAAGGGUAGUGGCGCCAGCAAGACCGCUCCAGUAGAGGAUAUCAAGAUGGAGGAGCAAGAGAAGACGAAGAAGGUCCUCAGCACAUUCCGAUGCCUCAUUGCAGAUCUUUGCCAUCAAUUCGGUUGUGGUCAUCCUGGCUCGGCCAUGGGCAUGGCAGCAAUUGGCGUGGCCCUUUGGAAAUACGUAAUGAAGAUCUCUCCUCACAACCCAGACUACUUCAACAGAGAUCGUUUCGUGCUCAGCAAUGGCCAUACUUGUCUGUGGCAAUACACAUUUCUCCACCUGGUGGGCUUCAAGCAGAUGACAUGGGAGCAGCUCCUUUCAUAUCACUCUGUUAGAUACGAUUCCAUCACACCUGGACAUCCCGAGAUUGAGAUCGAUGGUGUCGAGGUGACUACUGGACCACUCGGACAAGGCAUUUCCAAUGCUGUCGGUCUCGCCAUGGCUACGAAGCACCUGGGGGCCCAAUACAACAAACCGGGAUUUGAACUCGUCAACAAUAUGACGUGGUGCACAAUUGGAGAUGCUUGCUUGCAGGAGGGCGUUGGAAUGGAGUCCAUCCAGCUUGCAGGUCACUGGAAGCUCAACAACCUCUGUGUCAUCUUUGACAGGAAUGAGGUCACCUGCGAUGGCACUGUUGAUAUCUGCCAAUCGGACAACAUCAACAUGAAGAUGGAGGCAUGUGGAUGGCGCGUGCUCGAGGUCGAAGAUGGCAACCACGAUGUCGAGAGCAUUGUCAAGGCGCUUGUGCAGGCGCGUGCAGAGAAGGAGAAGCCUACGUUUAUCAACAUUCGCACUACCAUUGGAGUUGGUAGCCAAGCACAAGGCAAGGCAUCCACACACGGUGCCGACUUGGGCGAGGAAGAUAUCGCCUUUGUCAAGAAGGCUUUCGGAAUGGACCCAGCGAAGACUUUCGACGUGUCGGACGAAGUAUACGAUUACUUCCGUGAGGUCGUGCCGCGAGGCAAGGACCUCGAGAAGCAAUGGGCGCAGCUGCGCGAAGCUUAUGCGAAGGAGUAUCCCGACCUCGCUGCUGAAUUUGACAAGCGUGUCAAGGGCGAAAUGAUUGAAGAUUGGACCAAGCUCGUUCCCAAGCUCGAAGACUUUCCUACAGAGGACACCCCAUCGCGAAAGUCGGCUGGUCAAUGCAUCCAGCCAAUUGCGUCGAAGAUCAACACGCUCAUGGUUGGGACAGCAGAUCUCACUCCAUCGGUCAACAUGUCCUGGAAAGACAAGGUGGACUUCCAGCACCCUGAUCUACGAACAGUCAGCGGGCCCAAUGGCGAUUACACUGGCCGGUACAUCCACUGGGGUAUCCGAGAACACGCCAUGGCUUCCGCGUCAAAUGGCAUGGCAGCCUUCAACAAAGGUACCAUUCUGCCCAUCACAUCCAGUUUCUUCAUGUUCUACAUCUACGCCGCGCCAGGUCUUCGCAUGGGUGCUCUGCAAAGCCUCCAGACAAUUCACAUUGCCACGCACGACUCCAUCGGAACUGGCGAGGAUGGUCCUACCCAUCAGCCAAUCGAGCUCGCAGCACUCUACCGCGCUAUGCCAAACUUCUUGUACAUUCGUCCUUGCGAUGGAGAGGAAGUCGCAGGUGCCACGAUCCUGGCCAUUGGAGCGAAGAACACACCUUCUAUGAUCUCAGUUUCGAGGCAAAAGGUCCCACAAUACCCAAAGCACUCCUCUCGCGACGGUGUACAGAAGGGUGCCUACGUCUUCAUCGAAGAAGAAAACGCAGAUGUCACCCUCAUCGGUGUCGGCGCGGAAAUGCGCUUCGCUGUUGAAGCACGAGAAGAACUCGCCAAGUCUGGCAUCAAAGCUCGAGUGGUCUCAUUCCCUUGCCAGAGGGUUUUCGAAGCACAAUCGAAAGAGUACAGACGAUCCGUGCUGGGCUCUGCGCCGAGAGUUGUCAUCGAGGCUUACUCGCCUAAUGGCUGGGAGCGAUAUGCUGAUGCUGGCUACUCGAUGCACUCGUUUGGUCAGUCCCUGACGGGAAAUGUGGUGUACAAGCGAUUCAACUUUGAGGGACACAAGAUUGCGGAUAAGGUCAAGGGAUUGCUCGAGGAGGUCAAGAAGGAUGGCGUGGAAAUACUCAGAGGCGAUUUCAGGGAUUUGAACGACUAUGAGCACGAUAUUCAAUUUGCUGCGUAUCACAAGAAGUAGGGGGGAAACGGAAAUGUUGAACUAGUAGGAAGGAUGAUUCUUGGUUUUAUGUUUGCGAUUUAGCGUAUGAUACGAU